UUUGACGGCAUUGAGACUGCGCAAUACCAUCAUGGGGAGUUUACGUCAGGCGAGCUGAUGUUCGCGUCAGUUUUGUUUUAAAUAUUUAGUGAAUUUCUGGUUUUCUAUGUGUCACAUUCAGCCGCUGUAGAAGCCCCUGAACUUGGAAGCUAUGCGGCGAAGUAAGGCUGAAGUGGACCGUUACGUUUCCUCUGUACAGAGUUCCUCUCCCUCACUCAAAGAGAAGCCAGUCAAAGGGUUUUUAUUUGCUAAAUUGUACUUUGAAGCAAAGGAAUAUGAUCUUGCAAAAAGGCAUGUGUCAGACUAUCUCAAGGUCCAAGAGAGGGAUCCUAAAGCACACAAGUUCCUUGGACAGCUCUACGAGAGAGAGGGAGAUAUCAACAAAGCAGUUGGAUGUUACAAGCGGUCGGUGGAUUUGAAUCCAGCCCAGAAAGACCUGGUGCUGAAGGUUGCAGAGCUGCUUGUCAGUAAGCAGGAGUGUGACAGCAGGGCAGAGUUUUGGGUGGAGAAAGCUGCAAAGUUGCUACCAGGAAACCCAGCGGUUUUCAACCUUAAGGAGCGCCUGUUGAGUCGUCAGGGUCAGCAGGGUUGGAACCAGUUGUUCGACCUCCUUCAGACCGAGCUGGCAGCGCGGCCGGCUGACGCCCACGUGAACGUGAAGUUGGUUCAGCUGUUCCGUCAGGAUGGCCGGCUGGAAGAGGCUGUUAAACACUGCCUGGCUGCUGAGAAAAGAGCCAUGCUGCGCAACAGUCUGGACUGGUACACUGAGGUGGUGUGCACACUGAAGGAGUACCUGGAUCAGCUCAGCAAUGAGAAGAUGAGUCGAUGUAUUCAGAGAGAGCUGUUGUUGGCCCGCUGCAGCCUGCUGAGAAUCACACUAUCUGAAAGCAGCGUGCAGCCAAGUGUAGAUGCACUUAGAGAGUUUGACCAAGCUAUGCAGGAAGUGAGCAGCGUUGCAGGCCACAGUGCAGACGAGCUCCUUGAGGUGUUUGUGGAGAUGAGAGGGCACCUCUACCUGCAUGCAGGCACGCUGCUGCUUAAGCUGGCUCAGGAUCGCCAACAAACCUGGAGGGCUGUUCGUGACCUGGCUGCACUGUGCUACCUACUGGCAUAUCAGGUCCCCAGACCAAAGACAAAAGUGACCAAAAGAGAUCAGACUGCCCCACAGCUUCUGGAGCUGCUGGCGAAUGACCGACAGAGCCAGGCCGGCCACAUGUUGUUCAAUCUGAGUACAGAUUCAUCUGCCUUGAUCAGUGAGGUGGUGGAAGCUUUCGGAAACCGGAGUGGUCAGGACUCCCUGUUUAACCUCCUGCGGGGUCCGCAGGCCUCUGCUGGAUUAUCUUUUAUCGCCAAUGAUGACAUUCAUUCCCUUACUGCCAUGGCUCCAGAGCUCUCUCAAAUGGCCAAAUGGGACACUGGCUCCAUCUUGCUCCACAGUGGUCAGUUGCAACAUCUGAGCUGGUUGGGACUCCAGUGGAACUUUCUGGACCAAAGACCACCGCUGCGGGAAUGGUUGCAGCAGCUCUUUCCUCGGCUUAUGCUGGAAACCUCUAAACUAGAUACCAAUGCGCCAGAGUCAAUCUGCCUGCUGGACCUAGAGGUGUUUCUAUAUGGUGUGGUGUUCUGUAGCCACUGUCAGCUUCAGAGGAUGGCAAAGAUCAAUGCUGGAGUCAAUCAGUCACAACAACAGCUCUUUGAGCCUCGUUGCCUCCCUCUUCCUCUCCUCCGCCUCUUGACCACUGACAGACAGAGGGAGUGGUGGGAUGCCAUCUACAGCCUCAUUCACAAGCGAGCAGCACCUGGUGUGUCAGGAAAGCUACGAAUGAUUGUGCAGCAUGGGCUGAGCACAUUGAGAGCUGGAGAAAAACAUGGGCUUCAACCAGCACUGGUCAUCCACUGGGCUCACUGUCUUAGCCAGACGGGGGAUGGAGUGAACUCCUACUAUGACCAGAAGGAGUACAUUGGCCGCAGUGUCCACUACUGGAAAGUUGCCCUUCCACUGCUGGAGAAGAUCAAAAACAGACGCAGUAUACCAGAACCUCUUGACCCUCUCUUUAUACACUUUCCCUCCAAAGAUAUUCAGAUUUCUUCUGUGAAAAGUUAUGAAGAGGAAGCAAGGAUAGCAUAUGCAGUUCUUCUUGACAUUGAAGGGAAAACAGAGGAGGCCAUUUCUACCUUGGAAAGCAUCAAUAACAUGUCCUCCAUCUGGCAUUUAGCUCAGAUCUAUCAGCGGCUGUCAGAAGAGGCCAGCAACGGUGUUGAGGAGACUCAAGAUAGGUGCAUCAUGUUCUUGAGAAAGUUCAGGGCAUACCUGUCAAAGAUCUACAGCGCCAAUGCAGAUGACAUUGAAAAGCUGCCUGUGUCUAUGGAGGAAGUUGUGGACCUCCUAAAUGAUGUGAACCAGCAGCUGGGGGAGAACGGGGAGGUCAUGGAUGAAGAGGAUGAGAAGGAAGAGGGGGGCCUAAGAGGACCAGCCCACUCCAGCCCUGCUCAUCUCGGCGAAACUAGUGCAACCAUAUCCCACAUUAAGUUCUCCACUCCCUCUCCAAACAAAAGCAUUGUUUCUCCUUCAAAAAGACUGAUUUCUCCCAAAACACAACCUCAUUGGGUGGAGGACCAGAAGAGUCUUCUUCAGAUGUUGUGUCAGCAAGUAGAAGCCCUUAAGAACGAGGUUCAUGAUCUGAGACACAACUCAUCAGGCACUACAGUUUCUCCUCACCAUAAAAUGUAUGGCGAGACUUACGGGGCUGAGGGUCUGCAGGAACCAUUUACCCCGGUUCAGUCCUAUCAUGGAGCCCCCCUAACAGUUGCCACCACAGGCCCCUCUGUGUACUACAAUCAGUCACAAGCUUACAACUCUCAGUAUCUCUUGCGCACAGCAGCAAAUGUAACCCCCACCAAGACCCCAAUGUAUGGCGUAAACCGCAUGCCACCUCAGCAGCAUAUGUAUGCCUACCAGCAGCCCACGCAUACACCUCCACUGCAGACAGCCCCAGCCUGCAUCUACCCUCCUCAAGAACAAGUCUUUGGUGCACCUCUGCGGUUUGAAUCACCAGCCACAAGUCUUCUUUCACCCUAUGGUGAAGAUUUUUAUGGCCAGAGUGUUACCCAACAAACCAGUAACCCUACCUUACCUGAACCUGGCUAUUUCACCAAGCCACCUGUAGUCCCAGUUCAACAACCAAAGAACAUUGAGGGAAAGCCCAUGGACUUUGGAAAGCUCUCCUUCAGCCAGCAGGCACCCGCUGAAGUCCCCAGAGUGCCUAGUUUUGGUACAGGUGUAACUGCCCAGUCAACACCCUCACCUGCUUUUAAAUUCAACUCCAAUUUUAAAUCCAAUGAUGGUGAUUUUACAUUCUCAGCUUCUCAAAAUAAGCACAGUGAAAGUUUGCUUGGCCUUCUCACAUCAGACAUUCCCAGUAAAACAGACACCGUUCCAGAGAAACCACAAACUCAGGAGCAGCCCACCACCCAAACGGGCAUCUUCACCUUUGGAAACAAAAAUGUUACCAGCUUUUCAUUUGUUGAUUCUGCACAGAGCACAGCCACUGGAGGCCUGUUUGGGAAAGUGGAUCAACCAUUUCAAUUUGGGGACAUGUCCAAGCCAGCGUUUGGAAUGUCAAAGCCUACAGCAGAGCAGGAACGGGCAGUGGAGAGUGACAAUGAUAGUACUCAUGCUGAGGAGGAUGAAGAUGGGCCUCACUUUGAACCUAUUGUCCCUCUUCCCGAUAAGGUAGAUGUGAAAACAGGUGAGGAAGAAGAGGAAGAGAUUUUCUGCACAAGGGCAAAAUUGUAUCGAUUUGACACAGAGGCAAAAGAGUGGAAGGAACGGGGCAUCGGCAAUGUUAAAAUCUUAAAACACAGCACUAAAGGCAAGGUCCGCCUCUUAAUGAGAAGGGAACAGGUCCUUAAGAUCUGUGCAAAUCACUACAUAACACCUGAUAUGUUGUUGAAACCAAAUGCCGGCUCUGAUAAAUCUUGGGUAUGGAAUGCUAUUGAUUAUGCAGAUGAGGAGCCUAAACCUGAACAGCUGGCCAUCCGUUUCAAAACUGUAGAUGAGGCAGCACUUUUCAAAGCCAAGUUUGAGGAAGCCCAGAAGAUUGUACUCAAAUCACUUGACAAGACAAAUCAACAGGAGAGGAAAGAAAAAAACGUGAAAGAUUCUGAAUCGAUUGCAGCCCAGUUUGCACUGAAAGAAGGAGAAUGGGAAUGCUCUGUGUGCUGUGUAAGAAAUAAACCCACAGAUGUACGGUGUGUAUCCUGUCAAAGCCCUAAUCCCAAUGCCUCUUCAAAGCCAGACAUUCAGGCUGCUGGGGAAGUUAAACCUAGUUCUUUUACGUUCAAAUUUGGCACUGAUUCAGCAAAACCAAGUAGUUCUGGCUCCACAUUUACUGGAUUUGGUGGUUUUGGAUCUUCUGUAGCCUCUUCAUUCACAUUCGGUCUCAGCUCCUCAAAACCUGCAGACACUGGUUCCAGUACAUUUGGUGGCUUUGGAGCCCUACUUACCAGCAAACCAGGGCAGUGGGACUGUGAAUCAUGUUCUAUAAAAAAUGAGGCUAAUGUAGACAGUUGUGUUUCUUGCAAAGCUCUUAAACCCUCGGCUAAAACAGCUGCCGCAGCACAAGCUGCACCAGCUGCUGGUGCACCUGCAGCACAACCCGUUCUGUCCAGUGUUGACUCUGUUGGGGUUGCUGCCAAGUUUAGUAAGAAGCCUGGACAGUGGGAUUGUGAUGUGUGUGAAGUAAGAAAUGAAGCCUCUGCUGGUAAAUGUGUAUCCUGUGGAAGUCCAAACCCUGCUGCUAAGCCAACAGAGGGGGCUUCAUUAGGGUCAAAUCUUCCAACAGUGUCGGGACCACAAGCUGAUUUUGCAAAGAAAGAUGGGCAGUGGGAUUGCAAUGCCUGUCUGGUCAGAAAUGAUGCAUCAGCUGCUGAAUGUGUUUCCUGCAAAGCUCCAAAUGAGAAUGCAUCUUUAGCAGCUAGAUUUGGUAAGAAGGAUGGAGAAUGGGACUGCAACACUUGUCUCGUGAGAAACGAAGCCUCUGCUGAUAAAUGUGUGUCCUGUCAGACCCUAAAUCCUAACGCUAAAAGCACAAGCAGCACUAGUUCCUCAUCGUCCUCCUCAAAAUUUACCUUUGGAACAAAGAGUUCGUCAAGUCAGCCUGCUGGAACUGGAUUUACAAUACCUUUUGUAAGUGGGGGCACCUUUCAGUUUGGUCAGAGCAAAGAUAAAAGCUCACCUGCUUCUUUCAAAUUUGAAGCUCCCCAGACUGGAUCUAGUACAAUCAGUUCGUCAAGCUUCUCUUUUUCAAUGCCCAUUGGGCCUGGUGGCUUCAAGUUUGGUGUUCAAGACCCUCCAAAAGAAUCCCCUUCAAAUGAUAAUCAGACUCAAACUGGGUCAGCCUCCAGUAUGCUCAAAAGUAUAGCUGACAAGCACAAGGAGAAAGAAACUGUUUCUACACCCUCAGUAGAGGAAACAGAGGAAGAACAAAAUCCAUUAAUAUCUGGAAAAGCAAAUACGUUCAGUUUUGCAGACUUGGCUAAAUCUGCUGGAGGAAACUUUCAGUUUGGCACAAAAGAUCCAGAAUUCAAAGGUUUUUCUGGAGCUGGUGAGCAGUUGUUCACAUCAUUCCAAGCAACCCCCACCAAGACAGAAGCCUCAAAUGAACUGGAGGAUGAUGAUAUGUAUAAAACAGAGGAAAAUGAUGACAUCCAGUUUGAACCAGUGAUCCAGAUGCCUGAGAAGGUGGACCUGGUAACUGGGGAGGAGGAUGAACAGGUUCUUUACUCCCAGCGUGUCAAACUGUUUAGAUUUGAUGUGGGUACCAGUCAAUGGAAAGAGCGUGGUGUGGGAGUUCUCAAAUUCCUGAAAAACACUACAAAUGGUCGGCUAAGGGUGCUGAUGAGAAGGGAACAAGUUCUCAAGGUUUGUGCCAACCACUGGAUCACCACCACCAUGAACCUUAAACCCCUGGCAGGCUCAGACAAAGCCUGGAUUUGGUUGGCCAAUGACUUCUCUGAUGGAGAUGCUAAACUCGAACAGUUAGCUGCCAAGUUUAAAAGCCCUGAGCUUGCUCAGGAGUUUAAGGAAAAGUUUGAAGAGUGUCAGAGGCUUCUCUUGGACAUCCCUUUACAAACCCCCCACAAGCUGGUUGACACAGGUAGAACAGCACACCUCAUUCAGAAGGCAGAGGAAAUGAAGUCUGGUUUGAAAGACCUGAAAUCAUUUUUGACUGACGAGAAAACAAAGAUAAAAGACAAUGACACACAGGGAGAUAUUGCAACAGCUGGUGACAUUUCAAGCCUUGUAAUCAAGCCCCAAGGUGACACCACCGGCCCUACCUUGGAGUGGGACAACUACGACCUCAGAGAAGAUGCUUUAGAUGACACGGCUGACUCGUCCGUCUAUGCCUCCCCUCUUGCCAGCAGCCCCCUGAGAAAGAACCUAUUCCGCUUCGGGGAAUCCACUGGUGGGUUCAGCUUUAGCUUUCAACCUGGCAUCAGCCCCUCAAAGUCUCCUGCUAAGCUCAACCAGAGCAGAGCUUCAGUGGGUACUGAUGAUGAGCAGGAUGUCACCCAGGAUGAAGAGCGGGACGGCCAGUACUUUGAACCUGUGGUCCCCUUGCCAGAUUUGGUGGAGACUUCUACAGGAGAGGAAAAUGAGCAGGUGGUCUUCAGUCACAGAGCCAAACUAUAUCGCUAUGAUAAAGAGUCAAAACAGUGGAAGGAGAGAGGAAUUGGAGACCUCAAGAUCUUGCAGAAUUAUAACAACAAACGAGCGAGGUUGGUAAUGAGAAGGGAUCAGGUGCUGAAGAUCUGUGCCAACCACUGGAUUAGUCCAAUCAUGAAGCUGGAACCUAUGAAGGGUGCAGAGAAGGCCUGGGUCUGGAGUGCUUUGGACUUUGCUGAGGAAGGAGAGGGCAAGCUUGAGCAGCUGGCUGUGAGAUUCAAGCUGCAAGAAACCGCAAAUACAUUCAAACAAGUCUUUGAGGAAGCCAAUGUUUCUCAGGGAAAAAAAGAACUCAUGACUCCAGUGACAUCUAGAGUGGUUGCACCACAAGACAGUGGAACACCAGGAUCUGCAAAGACCACUCCAGCUGUAUGUGGCAAAGCAGCCAUUGCCGUUCUUGAAGAGACAACUAAGGAACGUACUGAGCUUCCUACAGACACUGGAUCAAAUGCAUCUGCGUCACACAGUCCUGUCAAUCCCGGAAAGACUGUGGUGUCUCCCCCAAAGUUUGUUUUUGGCACUGAUACCCUUCAGAAGAUUUUUGGCUCUCCUAAAUCUCAUUCUGAACCUGAGCAAUCUACAGCAUCUGGUUUGAAAGCCAACGACUCUGGUUAUACUGCCAAGACUUCACUUCAAGUUCCUGCAUUCAAAAUCCCAGAGAAAGGGCUGGAUUUUAGGCUUUUCAAAGAUAACCCAAUGGCUUUUUGGACCAGCUCAUCAACCACCCAAUUUGAACCCCCAGGAUCCCCUCAGGCAGAGGGAAGCAGUGCUGGGUCGGAUGAGGAUUCGGAGGUGGAGAUUGUGUACGUCAGAGAACCCACAGCUGAGCAGGCAGCUUUAGCUAGGAAGCUCCAGCUGCCCAUCACCUUCUUCUGCUACAAGAAUGAACCAGGCUACAUCAGUGAUAACGAAACUGAUGAUGAAGACUACGAAUCAGCAGUGAAGGCCUUGAAUGGAAAGCUCUACCCUGAUCCUCCUGAGAAGAACGCUGCAGCUUGUGGUGAUGAGUCAGACUGUCAAGUGGUUUGGGAGAAGAAGCCAACACCAGAGGAGGAGAAAAAAGCCAAAAGCCUCCAGCUUCCACCCACCUUCUUCUGUGGCCUGAGCACCACGGACAGCGACCCGGACCAGGAUAAGCCUGAGGACUUUGAGACAGAAGUCCGCAAAGUACAUGAAGUCCUGGUUGCUCAGUUAGACAAAUCUAACGAAGCCUCCAGCAGUCCUGCUGUGACCCCUGAAAUGCCAGCAUCAGGGCCAUCAUCCAGCAGAGCAGAGGCUGCCGACAGCACAUCUACAGCAGACAAACAGACCACAGCAACUCCAAGCAGCAGCUCUCCCAUUGACCUCUCAACUAAGAAGAGUGUCGAGCUGGAGUCCAACACUGAGAGUAAACCUGCAUCUUUGACUGCUACAACAAGUGGAGACCUCUCCACCUUUGGCUUCAAUGCAUCUGGCUUUUCUUUUGCCGAGUUGGCCAAAAAUACAGAUGGAUUUGCAUUCGGAUCAAAAGAUGCUAAUUUCUCAUGGGCAAAUGCUGGAGCAACAGUGUUUGGAUCUGCAGUGACCUCUCAGCCUAAAACCAAUGCUGAUGAGGAGGGAAGUGAUGAAGAAGAAGGAGCUCCUAAAAAUGUGGACAUUCACUUUGAGCCCAUAGUAUCUCUGCCCGAGGUGGAGACAAAGUCUGGAGAGGAGGACGAGGAGAUCCUGUUCAAGGAGCGCGCCAAACUGUAUCGAUGGGACCGGGAUAUCGGCCAGUGGAAGGAGCGCGGCAUCGGUGACAUCAAGAUCCUCUUCCACCCAACCAAACAUUUCUACCGAAUCCUGAUGAGAAGAGAACAGGUGCUGCGGGUUUGCGCCAACCACAACAUCUCAGAGGCGAUGGAGCUCAAACCCAUGAACGCCUCAGCAAACGCACUGAUCUGGACUGCCACUGAUUACUCAGAUGGCGAAGGUGUGAUUGAGCAGCUGGCGGCCAAGUUCAAAACCCCUGAAAUAGCCGAAUCCUUCAAAAAGACCUUCUGCGAGUGUCAGAACCGGAUGGGCCAAAUUGAUGGUGAUGCUUCGUCUCUGUGCUCGCCACAGAUGUCCAGAAUUCAGGAGCACUCCAGAGACACUAACCCACGGGUGUUCCUCAAGCUGGCAGCUGAUGGCCAACCUCUGGGCACAAUCACUAUAGAGCUGUUCUCACAUAUUGUACCCAAAACUGCAGAGAACUUCAGAGCUCUCUGCACUGGUGAGAAAGGCUUCGGGCUGCGGGACUCCAUCUUCCACAGGAUCAUACCAGAUUUCAUGUGUCAGGGUGGUGACAUUACCAAGAAUAACGGCACAGGAGGCAAGUCCAUUUACGGCGACAAGUUUGAGGAUGAGAACUUUGACGUCCGGCACACAGGCCCGGGCAUCCUGUCAAUGGCAAAUCGCGGGCGCGACACCAACAACUCGCAGUUCUUCAUAACCCUGAAGAAAGCCGAACACCUGGACUUCAAACAUGUGGCUUUUGGCUGGGUUCGGGAUGGCAUGGAUGUGGUGCAGCAGAUGGGAGAGCUGGGCUCAAAGGCAGGCAAUCCCACAAAGAAGAUCAUCAUCACAGACUGCGGACAGCUGUAGCGUUUUAAUGUUAAGAUGAAGCUUUACGGCUUGGUGUAGGUUAUUAAGUUAAGAUCAGCUGAGACUCUGGAUGAGAGCAGUGUGUACCCUGUGCAGUACUUACAUUCCUGCUAAAACGGAAUCUUUAGUCACAAGGCACCGAUCAAAGGGCUGCUGGUUAAGUUGUUCGUCACAGAAACUUGUCCACAGUAGCCUUGAAUUAGAUAUUCUUUCACUGUCCUGGCACAUUCACAAAAACAGAAGUGAGUUGGUAAAGGAGUGGAGGCUUUUGGAACAAAUGUUGUAAACUUUUGCACUUGCGUCUUUAUCAUCUGUCAAUAAAUUCUCGUGUGUAUUUUGUGUGUAUAAAUGUACAUGGACUAUUUUUUUUUCUUUUUCUAAAUGUUUGUUCCUCCUUUUUGUCUUGCAUGUGCUCUGUUUCAAUGCAGUUGUUCCCUCCAUGAGCUCCACUCUGGUAUUUUUUUCCCCCUUUUUGAACAAGUCUUAAGCCACUGCUCCCCUGCCUUUUCCUCCAAAUGCUGCCUCCCUGUACUUUUAACUGUUGGGUGCCCAGAGGAUUUUUUUCUGUUUCAAUUGAUUCCACAAUGCAGGUAAUUGGACUUCAUAUGUGCCCAUGCAACCUGAAGUAAUCUCACUUUGUGGUGGCUCAAUGAUAAUCUGGUUUGAAUUUUACAAAGGGGAUCCAUUUCAUGUAUAGUUUGAGAGAAAUAAAGGCUGAAAUGGUGCCGCUUGUACCAAAAUAUGCUUAUUAUUAAACAAUAAAGUUGCUUUACGAAUAA